AUGCGCCGAGCUUUAUCACCCACGGUUAAAAGCUCUCUUUCAUGUCCAUUAGCAAAGCGACCAAAGAUGGAAACAACUGGACAAGAAAUUGUCUCAAUUCCUCGAUCUUAUCAAACUGAAUUGAUGGAACAAGCCAAACGGGAAAAUUUAGUUGUGUGCUUACCAACUGGAAGUGGAAAAACUUAUAUUGCAAUCAUGCUUAUCAAAGAAAUGUCGAAUGAAGUUCGCAGAAGUAUCGAUGAUGGUGGCAAACGAACUAUAUUUCUUGUUAAAACAGUGGCUCUUGUUCAACAACAAAGUGAUUAUAUUUGUAUUCAUACGGAUUUGAAAGUCGGCAAGUACUAUGGGGAAUUGGGUGUUGAUCUCUGGGAUAAAUCAAAAUGGAUGAAUGAAUUCAAACAAAAUCAAGUUUUAGUUUUCACAGCGAAAGUAUUUCUUGAUCUAGUUGAUCAUAACUAUUUUCCAUUGGAUAAAGUAAAUCUAUUGAUAUUUGAUGAAUGUCAUCAUUCAACUGGAGAAAAUUCCUAUGCAGCUCUAAUGAGAAGACACUAUGAUACAUGUCUUAAUCCACCACGUAUUCUUGGACUUACAGCAUCGAUUAGUGCGAAAAAGCUCAAACCCAAUAAGCUGAGUCAAGCUGCAAAAGAGAUUGAAGAUACUUACAGAGCCCGUAUUGCAAGUGGUUCAGAUCGAGAGGAAAGCAUUCGAUGUGGAACUUCAGCUAGUGUUGAACAUAUUAUCUGUUCAAAUUACAAAAAAUACAUAAUCAAUCACGAUGAAAAUGUUUCCAUUGCUUUUGAUACAAUUCAAUCAAUCCUAUCGGAUUUAAAAUCGUAUUUGAACGAGAAAAAAGAGGAACGUCAACAACGUGAAAGUGACCUGAGUGAGAUUAUACUGAAUACUGAUUAUCUCAAUGAGAACGUUACUGAUUAUAACAGUGCAUCGAUCGAUUACACGAUUUUUCUUCAAUCGGAAUAUGUAAAUAUUCCUCGACUUCAUCGUUAUCUUGAGCAAUUAGUUCAUCUUGGUUAUGAAUUAGGCCUUUACGGAUUUUUCAUAGCAGCAAAAGCUCUUCAAAAACUUUUACAAUCCCCUCGAAUCUCCGUUUCGAACAUUGAUCCGCAAAGAACACAACUAUUCAACGAAGCGAUACAACGGAUCGAUUGUCUCGUUGAUGACAUUCUUCAGGGUUUAUUCGAUUUCUAUCAAAAUGAUAAUAAUGUCUUAUUCAGCUCGAAAGUUCACAAAUUGUUUCAACGUAUUCUCAAGGAUAUUGAACAUGAAAAUCUAAGCCGAUGUAUUGUUUUUGUCGAGCGCAUUUACACAGCCAGUACUUUGGUUGAAGUUUUACCUGAGCUAAGCAAAAGAUUAUCACCGGCGAAUACUGAUCGAUUCAAAGUCAAAUAUGUGACAGGUCCACGAGCCAAUGUUGGCAAUGCGAAAAUGAACGCGAAAUAUCUGCGUCAAAUUCUAAAAGAAUUUCGCGAUGGCGAUAUCAAUAUUCUUGUCAGCACAGCAGUAGCUGAGGAAGGUGUUGACAUUCCUAAAUGUAAUCUCGUAUUUCGAUUCAAUAAACCAGCGAAUUUCGCUUCGUAUAUGCAAUCGAAGGGCCGCGCCCGUGCAAAAGAUAAAGCUGCAUAUGUUCUUCUGAUCGACGACAUAGACGAAAAACAAAUGUCGUCAGAUUGUCAAACUUACGAACAAAUCGUUACGAUGAUUCAAACGGGAUUUUCCAUUAAUGAUGAUGAUGGUGAUUUUGAUGGAAAAGAUUUGGAACAGUUGGAACCUUAUAAAACUGAACAUGGAGUUGUCAUUAGUGCAACACGUGCUGCAGAGAUUAUUUACCAAUAUUGUGCUGUUCUUGGUAAUGGUCAACUUUGUCCACCGCGAUUACUUUUUUCUCCAACUGAUCAUAAAACUUUUGUCGGUAUUCUCUCAAUGCCAUCGAAUUGUCCUGUUUCUGAUGAUAUUGUUUGCGAAAAAUCGAGUAAAAAAUUGGCGAAAUUUCAAUGUUGUUUAAAAAUGGUUGAGUUGCUUCACCAAAAGGGAGAAUUAAAUGAAGAUUGUUUACCGUAUCGCAUGAAGAUGAAUGAAGCAGAUGAGAGUCCCAUCGCAAAUAAAUUAUUCGAAAAGAAAGGCGAUUCUACUACAGAAAUAUUCCCAAGACAGAUGAUUUCAUUUCCACCUUUGCUUACUGAUCUAUCAAACACUUGGUUUCUCUAUCAAGUAAAUGUCGGAUCCGGAAACGAUCAACUUGGCUUUGUCGUUCCAUCAAAAUUGCUUGAUUUACCAGCUUUCAAUCUCUAUGGAACUGCGAAUGAAAUCUUUCUUGUAAAGAUCGUCUAUCUUCAAUCGAUUGAUUUCCCGAAAUACAAAGAAGACCUCGAACAUUUCAAUUGUUAUUUAUUUGAAAGUAUUUUCGAUGAAAUAACAAAUGCUUCAGGACCAAUUCUUCAAUUUCAUAUUGAACAAUCUCCGUUUAAAUUAUUACCCUGUUUGAUAAAGGAUAAUUUAAUCGACACUGAACGAAUGCUUUCGAUUUGUCAUCGAUCAAAUUCAUCGAUUGAACAUUAUUCACAACUAUCGAACGAAGAAUUGUACAUCGUCCAACAUUCAUUGCAGAAAAUAUUUUAUAUGAAAAUCAAAGAUGCUGUCCCAACAAAACGAACUUCGGAUUUAUGGGAACACGAAAAAGAAUCAGAUUUAAUCAAAACUUACGCUGAUUAUUUUCAACACAAAUAUCCAAAUAUUCAUAUUCAUCAAGAUUCAAUCAUGGCACCAAUGAAAAUGAUGAGUAAACCACGAAAUGAUUACCUUUAUCCACCAACUUCACAUGCCAAAACGUCGAUUCCGAUAUUAACAAAUCGAAUUUUGUAUUUUCCGAUUGAAUUCCUUCGUUAUGCACCAUUGAAUUAUCCUGAUCUAGAAUUGUUGAAACAAUUACCGAGUAUUCUUGUUCGCAUCACUCAAAUACAUUACACAGAACAGUUACGAAUCCUGUUAACCACUCAUCUCAAUUCUUAUUCCUUGAUCAAUGUCUCACAAAUACCAACGCCAAUAACUUUUGUUGAUUGUCUCCAAACAAUGACACGCGCUUCACUUCCAUUGACUAAGAUCUUUGCUGAGCGCACGGACGUUCAACUCACUCCUGAUAUUGUAUUCCAAUCGAUAACACGCCGUUCGACCGGUGAACCAAUGAAUAACGAAAAUCUCGAAAUUCUCGGCGAUUGUUUCCUCAAAUUCUCUGUCUCCAUGUCAUUGUAUAUUCGUUAUCCAUCAGCUGGCGCGGGUCGACUGACAUCCAAGAAGAAACAUCAAAUCUCCAAUGAAAAUCUUUAUCGAUUAGCCGUACAAAAUAAUCUAAAGGACUAUUUAUAUGCAAAGAAAAUUGUCUUUCGAGGUAAAGAAGCGAAUUGGUUACCGCCGGGCUACAAAACUAAUCUUCAACAAUAUACUCAUCAAAAUGCGAAACGAAAAACGUUUAGUGAUAUGAUCGAAGCGUUGAUUGGUGCGUUUCUGAUCCGAAGUGAUUACGUGACAACACUGAAAUUUAUGAAAUGGCUUGGAAUUGAUGUCGUUUCGGACCAGACGAUGCAAAUUCCAUCGAUUUUUCGUGUUCAGACAUCGAGUUUGACUGAUGACGAAGCAAAUCGUUUGUGUGAAAUAAUUUACACUGAUCGAGCUUUUGCAGAAAUCGAAACGAAAAUUAAUUAUCAAUUUCAUAAUAAGGCUUAUCUAGUUGCAGCCUUUACUCACCCGUCGAAUUUUACCAAUCGAGUAACACAUUGUUAUGAACGAUUAGAGUUCCUCGGUGAUGCCGUUCUGGAUUUUCUAAUUACACGAUACAUAUUCGUUGAAUAUCCUCAAACAAUUACACCGGGUCGAGUAACGGACAUUCGGCAAGAUCUGUCAAACAACGGAAGAUUGGCAUAUAUUUUAGUAGCAUGUGAUUUACAAACAAAGAUUUUGCACAAUUCAGCAGAUUUAUUCGGGGAAAUCUCAUCAUACGCUGGUGAUGAAGAUCUUUUCCCGCCAGAUCAAACAACUAAGCAAUAUUUGAAUAAAAAUCUUGAUCAAUGGGCGAAUACAACAGCUCCGAAAGCAUUAGCUGACGUAUUUGAAGCACUUGUCGGUGCUGUUUUUCUCGAUUCAGACAAUUCUCUGGAGGUUGUUUGGAAAGUGAUUGAACCAUUACUUCGAAGCUACAUUGAUCAAACGGUUCAGCAUCCAAAUUUGAAUCCGAUUCGAUUAUUGGCAGAGCGUGGUGGGAAAGUUAUUGAAGAGUCUACGGAGGAGAUUGAUGGUCGGACGAUAUCAAUUUGCAUUGUUCAGAUGUCAAAUGGAUCUACUUUUAAAGGUUUUGGAACAAAAAGAAAAGCAGCGAAAGUUAAUGCUUGUGAAAAAGCGAUUAAACAAAUUCCAGAAUAA